AUGAUUUUGACUGAACUGCAUAGGUUUGAUUAUUUCUUCUUUGACAUUGAUGGAGUAGUUUUCGAAAAUUUCAAGGAGUUGCCAGGAUCUGUCGAGCUUAUUAGCAGGCUUCAAAGAAUGGGAAAAGAAGUUUAUUUUAUUUCCAACAAUUGCGAGCUUUCUCGGACUAAAUUUAAAGAGAUAUUCGAAAGUAUAGGAAUCUUUCCAAAGCUUGAAAACCUCAUAGUUGGAGCUUUUAAUUUAGCCCUAUGGGUGAAGACUAAUUGUCAGGCAAACUCAAAAGUGCUCACUCUUGGCCCAAAAGGGGUUGAUGAAGAACUUUCUGAACUUGGUUUUCAAGUGAUACCAGCAAAUUCUCUAUAUGCAUCUAAUGUUGAUUAUUCUCAUAUUUCGGUUGAUAAUGAAAUCAAGAUUGUUGCUGUCUCUGAUACAGGUGACUUAAAUUAUCACGAUAUUGCUUAUGCAUCUAGAUGCGUUCAAUUAGGUGCACAAAUUGCUACUUCAAAUUAUGAUUGCAAUUGAAGAUUAGGAAGAUUUAUGCUUCCAUGCUCAGCUUGUACAGUCGAUGCACUAUUGGCUUCAUCAGGAGCUAAAAAUUUUAUAAACGCAGGAAAGCCGAAUCCUAUAGUAUUAAAAAAUGUAAUUGAGAGAGAUAACUUAGAUAUUUCAAAAAUAAUUGUAUUUGGAGACACAAUGAAGAAUGACAUUCUUUUGACAAAAAUUUGCAAUGUAAGCUCUGCUCUUGUUUUGACUGGAGUUGAAGAUUCAGAGUCUUAUUUGCAAUAUUCUUAUCGGCCUGAUUUCGUUUUCAACAACUUACUUGAAAUUCUGACUUAA